UUUGGUGAUUGUCACGACUGAGAGUAGGUGGUUAUGCCUUGAUGUUAAAUUCAAAUGGGCUAAACACAAAUGUGUAAGUGAAAAGAGAGAUAAGCAUGAGAAAAAUUAUGUGGUAUGGAAUAUUAGCCUAAUGUUCCUCAGUGUUGUUGGUGGAGUAUUGGGGUUCGUUGGCGCGCUUGCCUCGCGCUGACAGACUGCUUACGUCUGCACACAGCGAACCCGGACAAAAAUCGUAAAUACGUGCGUCGUAUCAGCUGUCAAAACGGUGGAGGCAAUGGCAGGCAUGAGAAUGUAAACGCAACAACGGCAUAACAACAGUCGGUGGAAUUUAUAUUUAGUAUUGCGAGGGCAGAAAAUGUCUCCCUUCACAAAAACAGCAGCACGAUACAACGUCAUUUCAGGAGAGCGAGGCGCGCACCAGAACGGAUUCAGUAGCUCGGCAUCUGCUUCUCCGGUGACCGACGGGCUCUAAAGCGAGAAUAUUAAUAUUAAUAUCAGCGCGAAGUGCGCCGUAUCUGUUUAUCUGCGGGCUCUGCAUUCAUUACCGUGAAGUCGUCUCGCUGUUGGUGUGCACUGACAGACUGCAUUUGUGAAUGGUUCUAUGGGCCUGCUUUGAACGGUUGUUUUUUUUUCUUCUUCGCUAACGUCGCAGUGAACUGCACCAUGGAUAGCGAAGCGCUUUCUCAUCGAGCUCCGCGCGGAGGGUGAAUGGGGAUGAGGAUGUUGUUUACAAAAAAGCAGCCAGCCGUCAGCGAACUGAUGCUCGGUCUCCUCGCAUAUAUUUUUUCAUCUAAUCUUUUAUGACACAGUUGGAAAUUACUGUCACCUCCGUCUUUCCUCUUCGAAGAGGGCAAUGUCAUCAUCAGCAGACCGGCGUGGAUUUGUUGUUGUCUGAUUUUACUACUUGGCCUCUGCUAUUCGACUUCUCACCGUUUAUAUAACAGGGACGGGGAAAAGCUUUAAAAUCCCUCCCCCUGCUCCUAAUUGGUCCUUUAUACCAUGAGCUCUGGCUCCGCCCAGGAUGUGGUGGUGGAGAAUUUCCUGCGUGACAUAGAGAGGCGGGGCCAGUGGCUGCACUGCGCUGUUAUUGGCUGUGAGGAGGAGCAUCCCUGUGGCGACAUGAACCUUUUGUACCGCAAAAGUCGACAGGAUUGGAGACACAGAGAUCAGGAGGGCAAGAAAAGCUCCAAUUAUAAAGAUGCCUCCUCUGCGACGGUUGGGAAAGUUAGGGAUCUGGCAUCAUUUCGGCGUCAUUUCCGAAUGGGAUUUAUGACGAUGCCGGCGUCCCAGGACCUUUCGCCUCACUCUUGUGCGGCCGCCAUGGCCCCACGCUCUCAAUCCUGCCAUGCUGUGGGCACCGGUGAGGGAGAGGAAAUGGAGAAUGGAUAUUAUCCAGACUCAGACCCCCAAGACCAGUCAAAUCCCUCCCGCUGUCCUCCAGCCAAGCCUAAACGCCACCCCAAUACUCGUCUCAGCUCCACACCCCAGCAGGAGCAUCCUUCCCGGGGGGUACACGCACCACCUGAUACUCCGCCACCUCCACCUCCCAAUCACCCAACCAAACACCCAGAGAAGCGGAAUGCAAUGAAAAAAUCUGAUUCAGGUGAAAUUCCAGGACGGAAAGUUCCUCCCUUGAAGCCCAAACGGAGUCCAAGCACACAGCUCUCCUUUGACCCCCUGCCCCCUCGGGUCCAACACCCGACCACACCUCUUCCUUUCCAGAGCUCUGAACCCUCUCCACGAGGCGAGGGGGGAGAUGACGAGCCAGUUUACAUUGAAAUGGUGGGCCAGGUCUUUACCCGAGAGACUCACAGCACCCCUACUCCUCACCCGCUCACGCCAUCUGCAACAACACCUGAUUCUGAAUCAGACCAUGGAGAGGCCAUUUAUGAAGAGAUGAAGUACCCCCUACCAGACGACUUGGCUCGAGAAGCCCACCGCCGCUUGCCACUCAAACACGAGCGCAUCAAGUCUUCUAAAGCAUACCACACCUCCAUCAUCUCAUCCUCCUCAUCCUCUGCCUCCUCACUCCCGCGCCCCUCAUCCUCCUCUCCAGCUUGUUCCUCCUCCAAGCCUAAAGCAGCUGUCUCCAUCUCUCACUCCUCUCCUCUUCCUUCAUCCUGCUCUUCUGCAUCCUCCACUCCUGUACCUCAAGCCCUCUCCUCCUCACCACACCCUCCUCGUGCUCCCACACCCUUCCUACUGCCAGGGUCCAAACCUGAACAUGAGCCCAGCUCCAGUAAGAUCCCGGCACCCUUCCCAAACUUGCUCCAGCACAAGCCUCCGCUCCUGGCAUUUCCCCAGCCGGCUGCUGCCUCCAGUGGGGUAGGGGCUCAACACAAGACCAGCUCGGCUAAGAUCAGUGUGCAGUCGGCCUCCAGUCUGACAGCAUCUACUAGCACAUCCUCCAGCAUGAGCUCCACUUGCACUUCCAAAGAGUCCUCUGGAGUCGAGAAGGAACGAGAAAAGGAGAGGAGGGAAGGACAGCUGGGUCCGGCACCAGGACUCAGAGCCCGCAGUCAUUCCACUCCUCUUCCUCCAUCAUCAAAGUCCUCCUCUCCAUAUUCCCACCACCAUCAUCACCAUCACCCUCACCACAGGCCUUCCCACUAUCACCAUUACCGCAAGCCUGAGAAAGAGGUGUCGUCAUCAAGCAAGGGGACAGGACAGUCCUCCACCCAGACGCAAACACAGCCUAAGGAGGGCAAGUCUGUCAGCUUUCUGCUCAAGUCUGAGAAAUCUGAGAGGGAAAGGGAUCGAGAGAGGGAUCGUGAACGAGAAAGAGACCUGAGCACGCCAUCAUCCAGUCAUUCUGAUACCCCUGCCUCAAACACAUACACACACACUUCUCAAACGGGCACGAGCACCACGCCAACCCUGAGUCAACCAUCGUCAUCCACAGCAGCCACGCCACCUUCCACCUCUUCUUCUUCCACUCAGCGCCCUCCGUCUCGCUCUCACAUGCACCGGUCACACACCCCGCACUUGUCUCAUGGUCUUCCUGCUUACAAACCUCCCCCCUCCGACAGCCCCCUGCUCUGGACCUACCCCUCGGUUGGCUUCCGCCGCCCACCCGCCUACGAUAGCCUGCGCGGGGGCUCACAGUUGCCAUCCUUGCAUACAGACCCCACUAAAACUGGAUCUGCAGCCCAGGCAUUGCAGGCCAAGGCCGGGUUCAUUCCCUGGGAGAGCGCAGCUGCCUUAGGGCUCACCGAAGAACAGGCUUACUGGCCCAUGCACCGAAAAUUAUCAUUCAGUCAUGGGAGCCGAGACACUGAGAAGGAAGAUGGAGGUGCAUGGAAUGGCAGUUCAGAUGCUCUAUUGAGGAGAGAGAGGGAUGACCUAGGGGCCAUGCGGGGUGGUGGACACUCUGGAAUACCUGUGUGGGCAACAGGGAGACACAGCGAGAGCUUAGCUGGUGCGGAUGGACCACCAGGGUUGAGAGGACUGAUACGAGCAGGACUGCCGUUACCCUGCCAAACCUUCCCAGCAUGCCGCAAUGGAGAGUUGGGUCGCCUUGGUAGGUCUUCCUCCACAUCGGGAGUGAGACAAGUGGGUGGUGACGUUCAAAGGCAGAGCAGCCUGCCGACAAGAGAAGCAUUCAAUCAGUUCCACGCUCUCUCGCAGGUUCAGGCUCAGACUCAGUCUCAAGCUCCCUGCAGCCCAUCUCUGAGCCGACAACAGCAGUACCAGCACCAGCAGCAAGUCCAGCUCCAGUUCCAACAGCUGGCUCAGCUUGCCGCGCAGGCCCAGGCUCCCCUCAGCACGGGCACGGCCGGCACCUCCACAACCUCGGCCCAACGUGACGGCAAGCUCCUGGAGGUGAUCGAGAGAAAGCGCUGCCUAUGUAAGGAGAUUAAGGCUCAUCGUCGGCCGGAUAAGAGCUUAUGUAAGCAGGACAGUAUGCCUAUUUUACCCAGCUGGAGGAAAACGCCAGAGCCCCGCAAGACUGGAACACCACCCUGUCAGAGGCCACAGGCUGUGGUGUGGGACACGGCCAUCUGACCAAGGCAGAGAGAGCAAACAGUGGGUAGGGAGUAAAGGCAUGACUGAGAGAGACAGAUGGAGUAACAAUCUAUUCUUCUUUUUUUCUCUUUUGCGUGUGAAAAAAACAAAAUGGGAAUUUUAGGGGAAAUGAGAGAAGUGGCCUUUGAGUGAAGAGAUUAAAAUAAGACUGGAAUGACAAAGCUAGAGCAUUUUGCUCAGAGAAUAGCAUGAUUUAGAAUAAAUCUCUCUGUAGAAGCAGGAGAAAAUGUGUUCCACACGGUGUUUAUGUGCCAUACAGAUGCAGCAGAUGAAACACACAAACACACACACCCUGGAGAGCCACCCGAGUUGGAACUCUCUGCGAAUACAACCUGUGCUGCUGAGUUUACAACCUUUUUGAAACACACUGGAAACCUUUGGAGCAACGUGACAUUUGUACUCUGAAUAUAAACCAUUAGUGAGGAGAAUAGACAUUCUUUUUCCUCCAAGGAAUGAAGAAAUUAUAAAAACUUGAUAUGUAAAGAAUGAAGAGAUGCUGAAAGAUCAUAGUGGAGCUUUUCUUCAUUUCAUAAACUGUCUGUGACUUUGGGCUUGUAUGUUUUAACUGACCAGAAUUACUCAGUUAUGCUGCUGUUUCCUGGGCACCCACUAGACUGAUUUUUUUUUACAUUCCAGAGGAGUGUCAGAAUGUCUGUGUGUGUGUGUGUGUGUGUGUGUGUGUGUGUGUGUGUGUGUGUGUGUGUGUGUGUGUGUGUGUGUGUGUGUGUGUGUGUGUGCGCAUGCGUGCGAGUGUGUGGUGUCAUGGUGAACUUUGUAAGAUGUACCUUUGCACUGGAGAGGUGAGGUUGGAAGCAGAACAGAAAUGAGAGGAAAUCCAGACAAAAUGGUGAGGAGUACAGGGGAACUUGUCAAUAAAACACAAAAUUUGACAUGUAUACAUGAAAAAAAUCUUACACAAUCAGACACAGGAAACGAUGAUGAAGGGCUGUGUGGUACUGUCUUAGUUUGUAGAGGAGAUUCAUUUGAAGUCUAAUUACUGCCUAUUGAUUGAGUGCCAAUUUGCUGAGUGUCGUGACACGUGUGUCUGCGUAUUCAGCGAGUAGAAGAAAAGCUGUUCAGCAAAAGUUACUUGACUUUUGUAGCAAUAUUUGUUAAAGCAGGAGACUGAUUGCUAGCCCAGUCCAAUACAAAAACAUGAUGGAGAAAAAAGACAGAUCUGCAUUGCAUUAUCAUGAGGGCAAAUCAACUGUGUAAAAUUCACUUGGUGGAAAUAGUAAGAUCACAGGAUGAGCAAGAUAGGAAAUAUAGUGAGGACCAAUGCACGGGCUGUGUUAACACGAGGUGUCAUUCUGUUCACCUGAAAACUGUCAGACCACCAUAUUUAAGCAUCUGUUUACAUUGAACCUGUACCUGAGCAUAUCCGGAGCUAACGUCUGCCUGUAUUUUUCAGUCUUUUUGGCAGUACAGUCUCAUGUGUGAAUCAAUUGGGGUUGCAAAGGGGUUUUAAUAAGAUAUAAUAACAUGUAUACAAGCUCAUUGUCAGUCUUAUCAUACUACAGUCAGAUUAAGCAGUCCAGUUACCCUGUCCCUUAAAGAAAAAUCAGUUUUGGAGCAAACUUCACCUCUUCACACUGUCCAACCCUCAUGUGCACAUGCAUAUACAGAAACGCACACACUCGCAGCGCCCUGCUGGGAAAAAGGAACAUGCAGUGGCGCUCCUCAGACCGAUCCUGGAACUUUCCGCACAAAAGAAAGUGAACCACAUGACAUUGAGAUUAAACGAGAAGAAAGAAAAAAAAAGUGUUAAAUCUGUAAAAUAAACAUGUACAACUGUAUUGAUUAUGUAGCAAUUAUUUCCACUUUCAUACUUGUAAUCAAUAAAUAUAUUGUAGCAUAUAAUGUAUAAAAGUACAAGGUGUUUAACUGUUUUAUAAAGAAAUUUAGUAGUUUUAUCUGUGGCUACCUGUCUACACUGUACUGAAUGGACCACUGAAAGGCGAGCCCUCUCUAUUAAAGGCACAGUCUCGGACACAGACACACACACACACACACACACACCAAUGUUUUUUUCUGGCUAAUGUUAUGCAAGUCCCUUUAAGCAUCUUAAGUCUGAUCACAUUCAAACCCUAACCAACACACUCCACCCGGUUCACUGGAAUAUCACUUGGAUAUUUUUGAAGUACUUCUGCUGCUAUAUUGAAUUUCUACUAUUGCUUACAUAUCCCUCACUGCUGUUGCUUUAUUUUUCUUCUUUAUUCUUUUGGGUGUUCUUCAUUUUUUUUUUAGAUCAUGUGAUGUAGUUUUUAGGACUGGAACCCUUUGUAACUGUUGGCAAUUGAAUGUUUCUCAGUUGUCGUGGUUGUAUUUAAAAGUUGCUGUUAUUUUUCCAAAUCGUUAGCACCACCAACCUGUACAGUUCCCACCCUGGCAACACUACUGUAAAUGUGAUGUCAACAUUACAGUGAUGUUGCCAAGGGUUUGACAUGUUGUCACCAUGACACCAGGGUUUCACUGCACCAACCGGGUGGCCAUUUGAAAUACAGUCUUUAUCAAACAGUAAGUAGGACCACAGUAGAGGAGGGCUGGUGCAAUGCAUGCUGGGGGUCCUUGACAGAUUCCCUGAAUCAUUCAGUUCAAGGUUGGGCUGCGUCCCAGUCUAUAUAAAUUGUGCCCAGUUUGUACUUCAAAUAUACUAAAUAAUCAUCUAGUGGCAAUUUAUUAAGAUGAAAAGGGUAACUUAAGUAUUAUUGGGUAAACUAGUUUACAGAAACUGUCGGCUUUGCGUGUCUACAUAAAUGGUGGCCAUAUUAUGAGUGCCAUAAUAUAUUGGUAUGGUAAGAUACGGUGUACCUUGGAAAUCACUGUAGUGCUAUAUUUGCAUUGAUAUCGUCAUGAAAUAAAUUUUAUAUGAUGAAACGAA